GAAACACGGACAUGGUGAAUGUGAUCUGAAAGCUUUGUGCUGUAGAUCUCGACAAACACACAGUGAGGAAAACUUCUCGUGUAAACAGAUGCAGAACAGCGACGCCUGGCGGAUGAAAAGGAACUGCAACCAGACACCAGGCGUUUUGGCAAUAAAAAGGCUCAACGAGGUUUGGAAUAUGGAUUUCUAAGAGCUGUCUGUCUGGUAAAGAUUCCAGCUGUGCUCACUUUAGACAUUCAUCACCAAUUUCAUAAAGAUGAACUGAACUGAACUGCAUCCUGGGAUGCUUUUAAACAUGAUCAAAGGAGGAACAUGUGUGCCGAGCACUUCAUGAUGCUUCUCCUUCACUAUCCACUACAACCUGGAUGAGGUGAACUGAAAACAGCAAGGGAGGAGGCCACUUUUACUAGGUCAUCUUCCUGUUUGCUGACUGGCUUCUGAGAAAUAUCAGUUAAAGCAACAUCAGAGCUGUUGUAAGAAAAUGUGUAGAGCAUCAGUGUAUUUAAAUGGUCUUGCAAAAUGUUUUCAUUACUGCAACACGUGCGGAGUAGACACUGGCACAGUGGCUUCCUGUAGUAGUAGUAAUCGUUGUUCAUUUGUUGCAGUUAAUAUUUUAUUGCAGAUAUAAUAUUGUAAAUUGUUUAAUAAAUUGAAGCCAUUAUGUUUAUAUAUUUUUUUUUUUUUUUAUAUGCAUUUAAUAUUGCUUGUAUUUUAUAAUUAUUUUUCAAGUAGGCCUAUGCAUUUUUAUUUUUAAUGAUUUAUUUCUUUAUUAUAUUUCACUAUGUAUUUUUUUGCAGGCCGUGCAGAUAGCAUUCACAUAGAUGACAAAUCUUCCCCAAUAUGUAUUAUAUGCAUUACCAAAUCGUAUUGCAUGCAGUGCCAAAUUAUUUUUCUCAUGGCCACUUUCCCACUUUCUGGGAAAAUGUCACAAUUGUGCAUUUUUAGAAACAUUGUAGAAACUUCGAAUUUUUCUGCUUUCUCCAUUGGGUGUGUCAGAUAUCUGCAAGAAUGCUUCCUUCCUUGUUACUGCAUGGUAUAUAAUGGUUCAGAGACCCAGCGCUCGCGCUUUCAGCAUCAGAGCAUGGCUCAAUACCAGUUACACCAGCAUCACUAAUAAGAGGUUAUUCCGAGAGGGAAAGAAUAUUCAGGACUUAUUCCCAAGGAGCCGGAGUCUGAUUGCCUGGAGUCCGAUUGCAUACAUCCGAAUCGACCCCAGUGAGAUUCAACUCCACGCUCCUGCCGUUCACACCAUGGAGGUCCUACGUUCUUUCAGCUCCGCCUCUUCCUGCCCAGACAUGUACAACUGGACUAGCAACAAUCUCAUCCUGGGGCAUUACAACUUCACGGGGCGCCUCCAACACCGCAAGCCCUCGAAGAGCGGCAUCAGCGCUGUCACCGUCUUGUUCCUGUGCUUCAGCGUCUUCAUCAUCCUGGAGAACCUCAUGGUGCUGUUGGCAGUGCUCUUCCGCAUGCGCAUGCGUCGUCGCUGGAUAUUCAUCUGCAUCGCCAACAUCGCACUGAGCGACCUAUUGACGGGCUCCGCCUACGUGGUCAACAUCUACAUGUCCGGCGAACGCACCUUCAAAUUAAGCCCAGUUCUGUGGUUGUUCCGUGAAGGACUUUUGUUUGUAGCAUUGGCGGCGUCCAUAUUCAGCCUGCUCUUGAUUGCCGUCGAGCGCUAUGCCACUAUGAUGAAGCCUGUCCACCAGAAAACCGCCACAAAGACUUACCGAAUCUACAUAAUGGUUGGGCUGUGCUGGAUAACAGCCUUAAUAAUUGGCUUCCUUCCACUGAUGGGCUGGAACUGUGUUUGCGACCUGAGAAGUUGCUCUACACUUCUACCGCUCUACUCCAAGGGCUACAUCUUAUUCGCCCUAGUCAUCUUCUUCAUAAUCCUGCUCACAAUUGGCGCACUUUAUUUUGCAAUCUACUGCCACGUCCGCAGCAGCACAGAGGUGACAUCGGUACGCAAAUGCAAGCGUUCGCUGCGCCUCCUGAAGGCUGUCAUCUCCAUCGUGGGAGUUUUCAUGGUGUGUUGGGGACCUUUGUUCGUCCUCCUGUUGGUGGACUUCUUCUGCUACUCUCGCAAUUGCAGUACGCUCUAUAAUCCCGAAUGGGUCAUCGCCCUAGCCGUGCUCAACUCCGCCAUGAACCCGCUCAUUUACUCAUUUGGCAGCCUGGAGCUGCGCAAAGCCAUCGCGUCGCUCCUGUGCUGCUGCUGUCUGAAGGCGGGACUGUGCGACCCCAAGACUUUCAUGUCCAAGGAGACCUCCAGUACUUCAGGGAGUCGACACAGCAGCUUGCGCAACAGCUUCAGCAAGGUGCGAAACCUGAGCACCAGCCCUCCACCCGAACUGAGGAACGGCAAGAAAACACGCCUCAGCUCCACCACUUCUUGUUUAUCUGCAUCAAGCGGUUAGGCCGUGAUGGGCAGGUGUGUUUCACCUUCGCCACAGGAACUGCACCUCCUCAAACUCUCCAUCAUUGUGGCUUCAGGGCUGGUUCAGUUGUUGUGGGUUAAACGUCAGCUGGUGUGAGUUUCUGUGCUGAAGUCAAAUCAUGCAGAAGGGACUUUAAAUGUGAGCAGCUGUGCAACAAAAACAUUAAAAACUAACAAAAAAAUCAUUCAGCUUGAGGAAUUUGAGCUGAAAGCAAUGCAAUCAGAACUGUAAGAUUCUCAAAUAGAAACUGCCUUUUUAUUGUUUUCUACAAGAAUGUAAAAGUAAUAUAAAUAUUAUAAUUUAAAUAUAUAAAAAGUAUAUUUUCAUAUUGCACGUAUAUUUUGUACAUGCACUUGUAAAACUGUUUUAAAGUUUUCAGGGCAAUAUUUUAAGUGUAUGCACUGUUGAAAUUGUGUUAAGCAAAUAAAAAUGCAUUGAUUGCUA